AUGAUAUUCCUUGUACUUUCAAGCGCAACCAGGAGCGUAUUCAGGAACGCUCUAAAUCCCAUGACUCUUCAGGCACUCAACGGCUUGAUUCCACAGCAAUACCUAUUGCUUCUCAAGGUAAACAUAUACUGCCCUUUCCAGCCUCCAUUCAAUGAUCUGAGAAUUCAUAUCUAUACUGAGAAAGACACUGACCCUGUUGUGGCCGCGCCAACAAGACAAAGUGGUUCGGACUUAACCUUCACUGUUGGGCCCCAGAGCAAUCUCCAUGUCGGAGGACAUACUCUCGGGAAUUUAUGCACCUUCAAUGGCCUGCCGUUCUUCUCCGCUACUGGCCGCCAGUGGAUCAAGGAACGCACCGGCGAAGACGUAAAUCUCGAAUAUACGUCACCAAGGCCAUCUACACUCGAUCCAUCAACGUCGAAUGGCGCCGCGCAUGCACUACCGCUUCCGGACAAGGAGUUCCUGUAUCAGCUACUCGACGACUGGCAAAAUUCAGACCUUGCCAGGUUGUUUCCGUUUGUAGACCGAGUGCUCUUCGAAUCAACUGUCGCUGCCGCCUACCAUAAUGAAACAAGUAUCUCAUCUCCUGGUGCUGACAGCGCUAGGGCCUGCAUUCAUGCGUUCACGACAAUUUGCCUACAUGCAGCAGGCCAACAACAGGGGAAUAGAGUAAUACAUACAGAGGACCAUCUUCAGACUGCCCACGACUUGGUCCCCCGGAUGCUGCAUGAGUCUGUUACUAUAGAUGGUCUGCAGGCCAAUCUGAUGCUCAGUCUUUGCUCCUUGGUAAUCACAGGGAAUAUCCUGAUUCUCGAGAUGUUACUAGCAGCCGCGAUACGCUUCGUCUUUCAUCUAAAUGGUCACCUUGCUCCAGUCUACAUCGAUGACGAUCAGUUCAGGAGGAGCCUGCAUGUCCGAGAAUUAUUUUGGAUAUGUUACAUCAUGGAUAAGGAGUUUAGUCUACGCGCGGGUCAUUCUCCGUGCCUGGAUGAGAAUCAGUGCGACCUCACUCUCCCUGAUAUCCACCACACUGCGACAGAAUUCCUCGCAGGCAUACGUCUUGCCAUGCUUCAGUCUGAGGUAUACCAUCGACUAUACUCCUUGAAAGCUCUGCGCCAGACGGAUGCCCAAUUAUUGGGCGCUAUUCGCGAUCUUGACAGCGCCUUGGAAAUUUGGAGAAUGUCUAUUCCCACCAACUUUCGGCCACGCCUCAUUGAUCGGGAAACAAACGCCUUGGACAUGCAAAAUACGAUCUUUCAAUUACACUACCUGUAUUGCAUGGGUAUGAUCCACCAAGCAAGUGGAAGAUGCUCUUCCUGGGUCCAAAAUCAAGACACAUCUAAAGCGGGCUCAAGCCUCGCUAUCAGCGUUGAAGCGAGUCGAUCGAUGCUGCAGAAAUUCCUAGAUGACCGCCUCGAAUUCAACAAGAAUAACCUGAGGUUCUGUCUUCCCUAUUUCUUGACAGCCGUUUGCCACCUUUUUUCCAACAUACUCUUCAACCCAACGCACGAGGGCAUCGAUGACGACUUGGAAUUGUUCAUGUCAGUGCCAACACAUAUCAGAACACGUGUGCCACCGGAAAUCCCGAGAUUGUCGGCUUAUCACAUUAAGCUCUUCGAAGACUUUGUGAUAGAAUUAGGUCGCCUUGCUAGUAGUGCUAUUAAAAGGGCGCGGGAAGGAUUUGAACAAAACAACUAG